AUGUCGCGCAUGCCGGGCACGCCAGCGCCCAAUCACCCGGGGUUUGCCGAGGUGUUGUGGACGCUGACCUCGUACCACGGGGCAGAUUUCAGCGAAUACCCGGUCGGCGUGAUCCGAGACUAUGUCGACGACAAGCGGGCCGAAGGGACCAGCGAGCAGGAGAUUGGCGAGCUCAUGGAUGCCUUGGAGGGGCGGGCGCCGCCGCGAUACGCGCAGAGCUUUGCAGCCGUCAGAUGGGUGUACCGCCUUCCAAACGUCGGCCGCCGCCCCGCCCCAUCAGCAAGCACGACGCCGCGCCCAAAGUCCCCGCCCGUCCCUGUGCCGCGCUACUAUUCGUCGUCGCCCGCCCCGCGCCCACAGUCGAUCGCGAGCACGCUCUCGCAUCAGUCGCCCGACCCCGUGCGUGCGGCCGCCGCGGCCGCGUAUCCCGCCCCCGUGCCCGUCGCCACCCAGCCCGACCUGUUCUAUAGGGUGAACCCCCCAGCUUGGGCACAGAACGGGGACCCGCCCGUGAUCCGUACCCCCGAGGACGUUGUGGCGCUGCUCAAGACUUACAGGGGCUCCAACGUACAAGUCACCACGCCCAUCGGCUUUGUCGACAAGCUGUUCGAGUCGCAGCCUCCUCCAAUGCUUCAGACCCCCGAGGCCGUGCUGCGCUGCUUGGAGGCCUUCAACGGCAUGAAAGACGACCAGUACCCAGUGGUGGUGCUGCGCACUUACGCCGACUAUGAGAUCCAUCGAAACGGCACCCGGUGGCGCGACCUGUCAGCGAAGUUUGACGUGUUGGAGUCACAGGCCCCAGACUACGCCGACGCCUUCAUGAUAGUCCGCUACGUGCACUCGCUCCCCAAGUCGACCGUGCUGCAGAUGGACUGGCCGCCACGCUUCCGCCCCACCCAGCGGGACACCUUCUUCUCAUGCUACCCCGUGCGCGAGGACGCCGACUACCGGUAUCGCGUGGGCGAGCCGCUCGUGCUCCGGACGCCAGAGGACGUGAUCGACUGUCUGAACGCCUACGAGGGGCCGUUUGAGAGCCAGUGA